UACUUUUCCAAGAUAUCGUCAUUUGACUGUGAGCCGAUCAUAUAGUCAAGGUAGGAGUCGAUUUGGUAUUGGAUUGCUGAAGCAGAAAGAGUUUUCAGGCUAAGAAGUUCUGCUCAUGUUAGAAUAUUCCCGACCCAGUCAUAAUCCACUUUGAAAAAGAGGCACGAGAUUGGUACACGUGACCGGAUUCGAUUUGACUUACAAGGUGCAGUUCGUUCUAUCUACGGCACUUAUAAGUUAUAACCGGUCCAGGAAAAUGUUUGAGCUUUCCUAUCACUCUGCAAUACUUCUUUUGAGCUCCAUCUGAGAUCCUCCAUGGCCACUCCUGCCGCCGCUGCUCUCCCACUCCGGGGUCGAGUGGCCAUAGUCACCGGCUCGUCCCGUGGCAUUGGCCGAGCUAUUGCGGUCCAUCUCGCAUCGCUCGGUGCAAAAGUCGUCAUCAACUACACCUCCAACUCGGCCCAAGCCGAUCUAGUAGUGGCCGAGAUAAAUUCUUCAUCUCCUGAUGCUGCGAUUUCAGUCAGAGCCAAUGUUUCCGAUCCCGAGAGCGUCAAAUCCCUGUUUGAUGCAGCUGAAAGCGCAUUUGGCUCGCCGGCGCACAUCCUCGUCAACUCCGCUGGGGUCAUGGAUGCUGAGCAUUUCUCCAUAGCUGACACUCCCGUGGAAGAAUUCGACAAGAUCUUCAGCGUCAACGCCAGAGGCACGUUCAUCUGUUGCCGUGAGGCGGCGAAUAGGCUGAAACGUGGCGGCGGCGGGCGCAUCAUACUGUUGUCGUCGUCCUUGGCCGUUGCCUUGAAGCCUAACUACGGAGCCUACACGGCCUCCAAAGCCGCGGUUGAGACGAUGGCUAGAGUUCUCGCAAAGGAGCUCAAGGGGACGGGCAUAACCGCGAAUUGCAUCGCGCCGGGGCCGAUUGCGACUGAGCUGUUCUUCGCAGGGAGGAGCGAAGAGUACAUCAAGGGCGUGGUUGAGGCGUGUCCCCACGGUCGUCUAGGAAAGGCCGACGACGUCGCUCCGGUCGUCGGGUUUUUGGCUUCCGACAGCGCCGAGUGGGUCAAUGGACAGGUGAUUCCAGUGAACGGUGGCUUUGUUUGAGUUGUUUUUUUUUUUUUUUUUUGAGCAAAGCUUUGUUUGAGCUGUUAAGGAGAUGGUGAUUUGUAAUUGCUCCUUAUAUCAGGCGGAAUUAGAUCGAAAUCGAACGGUAAUCAUGAAUUAAGAGGGCAGAAGUUUCGA